UACACUUUGUCAGGUAUACCUACUUUGGCAAGGCACCGGCUGUCAGUCUCCCACGCAGCCAUGCCACUGCAACCCCAGUGAGGAAUCCAAACAUUUAUUGACGUUUGUAGUACAUUAGAAAGGAGACUCUUUGGCUAUGGAUAAACUGAAAUCAGUUUUGAGCGGCGAGGAAACGCGGCGAGAUGACAGAACAAUCCUAGAGUCGGUCAAUGAGGCGUCAACGCUAGGAUGGGGAACAAGAGUGAAAGGAUUCAUCGCCUGUUUUGUCAUUGGAGCAGCAUGUACUAUUCUUGGAGUGUGCGUGCUUUUCCUCCCCAGGAUUGGCCUCAUCCUCUUCAUCGUCUUUUACACGUUUGGGAACAUUUGUGCGCUGUGCAGCACCAUGUUCCUGAUGGGCCCCUUGAAGCAGCUGAAGAGGAUGUGUGACAAAACAAGAGCACUGGCCACCACCAUCAUGAUAACUUGUCUUGUGUUGACGCUGUGUGCCGCCUUCUGGUGGAAGAACUUUGGUCUGGCUUUGCUAUUUGUCAUCUUGCAAGUGCUGUCAUUCACCUGGUACAGCCUUUCAUACAUCCCAUUUGUCAGGGACGCCAUAUUGAGGUUGCUGGCCAUGUGCAUGAAGUGAGGCUUUUUUUCUGCCAUGAUGACCCAAGCUGGAUGAAGACUUUUGUUGUUUUUGUAAAGGGGCCGGUCUCUUUUUAAAAAAAAAAAAUCAUUUGAAAGUGCUGCAUGUUCAUCACGUAUAAUAUUUUUGUUUUGUUUGCACAGCACUUAGUUUUUUUUUUUGCAGGGGUGUCCAAGCGUGUUCCACCGAGGGCCACAUACAGAAAAAUGAAAGGAUGCGGGGUUCAUGUUUACAUUUUCUAAACCAAUCCGUGUAGCUAUUCAAUGACGUUUUUUUUAUAUUGGAAAGGAAAAAAAACAGCCUGCAUCUCAGCUUUGUGGUAUCAGUCAAUAAGCAUCUUAUUACAAUAUAUCUUAUAUGAACUUUCCCCCCUUACUAAUAUUUUGUCUUUUAAAUAAAAAAUAAAUACAUUUUAUUAAAAUAAUAAUACAAUAAAAAUAAAUACAAUUACAUCAAUAAAAAUUACUGGUGAAUUCAGACGGUCUAGCCUUCCUGGUAGUGUCACUUGUUCUCAUGUUUAACCUGACGUCAUGACACAAUAUCGGCCUAAUAGCUUGAAGGACAGCGAAAACCUAACCAAAGUAAAGGAGAACAAACAAAAUGUGACAUUAUAGAAGUUAUUAGUUUUUUUAAAUGUAGGUUUUAUAGUAGAAAGAAGAGAGGCUAUAAACCUAACAAUAGUAAUAUUGGUAACACUUUACAAUAAGGUACACAAAAUUACUGUCAAAAUUACAAAAUUCCUCAUUAGUUCUUCAGUAACUAGUCUACAUUUAUGUGCCUUAGUCAUUAGUUCCUCUUUAACUACUGUAAAUGUGUGUGCCAUAGUCAAUAGUUCCUCAGUAACUACUGUAAAUGUAUGUGCCUUAGUCAUUAGUUCCUCAGAAACUGUAAAUGUAUGUCCCUUAGUCAUUAAUUCCUCAUUAGUUCUUCAGUAACUAGUUUACAUUUAUGUGCCUUAGUCAUUAGUUCCUAAAACUAAGACAGGAACAACAUCAAAUUAAAAGCACAAAGUGAAUACAGACCCACCAUCCACCACUAUAAACUUGGAGUUUGUUUUUCAGAGAGAAGAUUAUAGCGCCGCUGCUUGAUGUGUGCUAACAGGCAGUGUGCUAGCAUGAAUUAACUUCAAGCUGUGCACACAACAAAUAUACGCAUUAGCACUCAAUAACGUCAUCAAACUUUGCCUUUAUGCAUUCCCACAGAGUAUUAGCAUUUUAGACCAAUAUGUAGUGAAAACCCCCGAUAAAAAUACAGUAUAGUUGACAAUCUGUGCAGAGUGGGAGAAGGCUAGCGCACAUUCAACGGUGCGUUCAAGGACUGUCAAACAAAGUGGGACACUCGCAACAAACAACAUAAACAUGCAAAAACUUCAAACUAUAUUAUUUUUUAAAUAAAAUAAUGGCCCAUAUUUCCAAAAUGGAUAUGCAUUUACUUAAAAUUGUAUUUAGUUAUUUACAAAAAUAUUUUUGUGUGUGUGUGUGUGUGUAUUUUUUUUAUCAUUGCGCCUGAAAGGUUUCCUCGGCCCAGUUCGCCCUGCCCACGGACCGGUACUGGGCCCGAUCCGGUCCAGUGGUUGGGGACCCCUGAUGUAGCGGACAGUGGAGCACCAGUCCACAUGAUGCCCCACUGACAGACACAAGACAUGUUUGUUGAUGGAACACAUGCAGUCAUACUUGCGUCAUAUUGAUUUGAAAUACAUGUUUAAUUAUAGUCACUGUAUUUUCAUUCAUGUCUAAAAUGAAGCACUUGCUGCCAUUUGCUAAGCCUGUUAUAAAUGAUUGUAAAAAUGAAGUAGAAUACAGUAAAUCAUUUGUAAGGCAGAAUAUCCUCCCUAUUCCUCAAUCUUUGCAAUUAAUAUGAAAGAUGAAAAUCACAAGCGCAGUAGUUCCAGCACAAUAUUUAUUCAUUGACAUGUUCCACACUGAAAACAUCAUUUUGUUUGCCAAAUUAUCGUCUGAACUUGUACAUACUCGAUGUUUUUAUUGUUCGUCCUUUACAGUACUGUAUGUGCUUGUGAGCUCAUGCGCUUCAUCCAAGACUUCUCUAAAGACAGACGCAAGAGAAGAGUAACACAAGAUCACAUUAACACAAGUACAAACAUUCAUAAAAGUUAACACGAAGAAUUUCCUAAUAAAACAUGUGCGUGAUGUACACAAACACAAAUAAUGACUUCAUCUUGUUCCAUUUAUGUGCGUAAUUAACAUAAUCACAGUAGUAAGAUCAGAGUGAAACUUUCACGUCGUAGAAAGACUUAAGACUUAACAUCCAAAGGCUCCGCACAUCAAACUGUCUCUCCGCAUAUUUACUACCCAUUGCUUUAGAAGUUGAGCAUUGCAGUGUGGAAAUCUAAAGGAGAAUAAGGGGUAAUUUACAACUACGUGGAUGAAAAGAUGCUUACAGAUUUAAAGUAUCUAUUUUUUAAACUAUUUUUAUUAUUUAUAAUCCUUUACCUACCUGUGAAAUGUAAGUGCCUUCUCGCGAUUUUCACGAGUAUCACGAUUUGUGCAAUUAAUAGCAGCACAUGACGGCAUCUCGAACUCCUCUUAGU